GGAGGGAGGAUGAACGGUACAACUAUUCUGUAAGGGGGAGUACACACAUUACACACAUCCACACCGGUCUGUCCCUUGAAGAUGAAGGGGUUCAUCGCUGUCUUUGCUGCCAGCAUUUUUGUGGUGGAUGUCUACUGUGCCGAUGACACAACUCCCUGGUGUUAUCACGACCCAUCGUGCAACGACACAAGAUGGCCAGAAAUUGCUGGGGAUUUUUGCAAUAGGAGCAGACAGUCGCCCAUCAACAUUGAGACGCGGUUGGUCACGGUCAACGAAAGCCUGAACGAUUUCAUCUUCACAAACUACGACAGUACUAGCAUACUAGACGAUAUUAGCAACACUGGCAAGACAGUCAAAGUGAACUUUAAACCCGGGGUGCAGAUUUCCGGGGGAGGUCUCUCCGAGGCCUACAACGGCCUGCAGUUUCACUUGCACUGGGGCAACCUCAGCAGCGUGCCUGGCUCCGAGCAUGCCGUGGAUGGAGUACGCACGCCCAUGGAGCUGCACAUUGUACACAUCAAGUCCAGCUUCAACGGGAACACGACGUUAGCGGUCGCUGACUCCAUGGGAGUUGCUGCUCUUGGCUUUCUCAUUGAGGUACUGCCGAACACUACUGGUCAACCUGCCAGCUGGAACACGCUCACCAACUACCUACGGAACAUCACAUUGCGCGAUAAUAUUGUCAAUGUGACGGAAGGGCUCUCACUGAACGACUUGCUGGUCGGAGUCGAUCGCACACAAUAUUAUCGCUAUCUCGGCUCGCUGACCACACCCAACUGCUACGAAGCUGUGGUCUGGACUGUGUUUAAGGAUUCUAUCAAAGUCAGCGCAGACUUGAUUGACAAGUUCAGCACAAUGCUGCGUAUCUCAAACGAAACCUCAUCACAGACUAUGGUGAAUGUGUUCAGGCGGCUCCAGCCGGUACAGCCCGUCAGCACUCGGUCUUCGAGUGCAUCGGACACCAGCAAUGCUUCCAAAAAUUGGAUCUCCCUGGGCCUGCUGGCCCUGAGCAUGCUACUGGGAAGAAUUUACUAACUUUUUGGAAUGUGGCCAGCCUCUAAUCAUUCCAACUGUUUUAUGCAUGUAACCUGAUCCACAUUACGAAUGAUGCUGCACUGAAUGCAACAUACAUUCAUUAAUUCUGCAUAUUUCGUUGCAGCAUGUACUGUGUCUUAAACGAGUGAGGUCAAAAUAAGCCUAAUGCUUAACGAAAUGUUUUGGAAAUUUGCCAAAAUGCGCAAUAUAUAAUUUGGGGUUUUAACGGCAGCUGCCAUCAAGACCUCACAUUCGAAAUGAAGAUAUUGUGAAGUUUAUGUGUUUGAUAUUUAUUAUCUUACGUUGAUUUGGAUCAAGUUUGCCCUGUAGUGCACUACAGUAAUGCACAUGUAGCUGAACUAUUAUGUGAAUCUCUCUGUGUGUGUGUGUGUGUGUGUGUGUGUGCGUGUGUAUUUGUGUGUUCACUGAUACAGGUAUAGAGGACAUUAUGAAGGUUAAAAAAAAAGAUAACACACUUUUUAAUGAAGUAAAAGUGCAAUGUACUGGACAGCUUUUUAUUUUCCGCAAGGCUGAUCAUAUUGCCACUGACCCUGUCAAUAAAUAAUGAUGCGCUCA